GGGAGAAAUAAAGAAAAUAACUAGGUUAAAAGACAGGGGCUAACAAGGUAGCAGGAGGGAAGUUUUUGCGCUAUUCUAGAAUUAGGAGUUACGUAGGUUUGUAAACUAGUUUAUCAUAGUUACUACCUAGGUAGCCAUGUAUUGACAUCUAUUUAUGCAAGAAUGCUCACGAAUUUGCUCGUGCCCAGAUUUGGGGACCAAAGAAAUUAAUACCCACGGGACAAUCGUCAAUAAUGCACCCAACUCGAUGCUAGCUAGGACUCGCGCAAUGCCUGAAUGCUCUUACAAUUCCUCCCAAGAGGCUGAUGCUGCUGGGUACCCUAAAUCGGUGAACAUUGUCUUGGUUACCAGCGGAAAGACCCCUGAAAGGACAUUUCGACAGAAAGAUUGCGCUGCAAUGGCUGAGCUGGCAUAUCGGUGGUAGGUAUCCGCAAGAUAAUUGAAAGCAGCCAAACAGAUUGACAUGAUAC